UGACCAUUUUACUGAAAUACUAUUUCUGUAAGAUUAAUUUAUUGUAAUAAUUUUCCCAUUUCUCAAUUUUUUUUCCAAUAAUUAAUCCCUUGAUAUUUAUAUGUAGGAAAUAAUUGUUGUUCUGGUGAGAUUUCAAUCUGUUUCCCCAUCAAUUUGACUGAUUGGGGAAGGCAAAAAUGUCUGGUUAUGCUGGUGUUGUUGUUUCUGACCCUUUACUUCAUAGUCAGUUUACUCGGGUUGAACUUCGAAGCCUGAAAUCCAAAUAUACUUCGGUGAAGAGUCAUAGUGGUAAAGUCACCAUUGGAGAUUUGCCUUCAAUGAUGGCAAAGUUGAAAGCUUUUAGUCAGUCAUUUAAAGAGGAUGAUAUUAAGGGGAUUUUGACUGAGUCUGCUUCUGAUAUGGAUCAAGAGAUCGAGUUUGAGGACUUUUUGAAGGUUCAUCUAAGCUUUCAAGCUAGAGCGUCAGCUCAGCUCGGUGGUUCAAAGGAUUCGUCAGCCUUUCUCAAGGCCUCAACGACUACCCUUCUUCAUACAAUUAGUCAAUCCGAGAAGGGAUGUUAUGUUCAUCACAUUAAUACUUAUCUUGGAGAUGACCCUUUCCUGAUGCAGUUUCUUCCUAUUGAUCCUAAUAAUGAUUAUCUUUUCAAUCUUGCAAAGAGAUGGAGUUCUUCUCUGUAAGCUUAUAAAUGUUGCUGUUCCUGGCACAAUAGAUGAAAGAGCAAUAAACACCAAAAGGGUACUUAAUCCAUGGGAGAGAAAUGAGAAUCAUACUCUGUGUCUUAACUCUGCGAAAGCCAUUGCAUGCACUGUGGUUAACAUUGGACCCCAUGACUUGGUUGAAGGCAGGCCACAUUUGGUGCUUGGCUUAAUAUCUCAAAUUAUCAAGGUACAUGUUUUUCCAUCAUACCUAGGAUUGAAGGAUUUUAGAUAUAUCAGCCCAUUGAAUGAGAACCUUUCUUUUCCUUGAGAACUUUCUGCAAUGACCUGAAUUCAAAAGAACCUCAGUUAGACCGAAAGAGAAAGAAAGCUUCAAGGAAGGAAGAAAAGGCUACAAACAAUGCACUCGAGAGUUGAGAGUGCUAACUCUUAACUCAACUUCUCCCUAAAUGGGUGAGUCUUUGUGCUUAUGCUGAAAGCCCCGUUGUUUUAAAGCACUUUUUUUUUUGUUAAUAGCUUAUAGCUUUACAUGCUGAAUUCUUCUAAGAAGGUUUCAGUGGGAAAAUUUUGUGUUAUAUGGAGGCCUCGUCAUAUAUUUUGAUUGGUAUAAAUGUAUGAUUAGAAUAGGAUACCUUUAUUCUAUUUGGAGUAAGUGAAGACUUAUGUUGAUUUAUUCCAAUUAUCCACUCAUGAAAUCAACAAAUUACAAAUGAGAUCAAUGAACAACCUAUUGUCAUUCAAACCUUAUGCUGAAUUACUCCAAUUAUUCACUCAAAUAUUAACAUUUCACUAAAGAGAUAGGUGGUAAUGAACAAUCUUUCUUUAGGUCUGAUGUUCAGCACUUUACAGAGGCGUUUGCUUUCAUCUUUGCAUUCGUUUGUUUGCUUAUUGACAAGGGCAGAAAAGAAUACACCGGAUUGCUCAAUAUUCCCCCUAUACCUGCAUCAUAAGCUUAGAAGGCUUGGAAAAUGUUAUUUCUUCUUUUUAAAAGUCUCUAAUUUGAACUCUUAACAUAUUUGUCUGUAUUGAUGCUUUGAUCUCAAAUA